AUGAUCCGGUCGGCACUGAAUUUCUGGCAGCGUGAAACAUGCGUUCGUUGGGAGGAAAAUGGUGCUGGUCAUGAUCGCGUCGUGUUUUUUCGCGGAAGCGGAUGUUAUUCGAGUGUUGGUCGAACUGGCGGUCGUCAGCAAAUUUCAAUCGGAUACGGUUGUGAUGACCUUGGAAUAAUAACGCAUGAAAUUGGCCAUUCGUUGGGUUUCUGGCACGAGCAAUCGCGACCGGAUCGUGAUGCAUAUAUCAUACUCCGCAAUGAAUACAUCGCUCAUGGCACCGAGGGAAAUUUCGUGAAACGCUCCGAUUCUGAAAGCGAUUCGAUGGGAUUACCUUUCGAUCUCGGCUCCGUUAUGCAUUAUGGGCCCAGCGCAUUCACAAUUGACUGGGAUCAUGCAACAAUCGAAACAGUGGACAAACGGUACAGUCGUACGAUUGGCCAAAGAUAUGGGCCUUCGUUUAUUGAUGUCAAACAAAUGAACAGGCUCUAUUGUAAUGAUAGAUGUGCGAGCUCAUUGCUGGCAUGUCAGAACGGUGGUUAUCCGGAUCCGAAUAACUGUCUGGUCUGUAAAUGUCCGAGUGGCUUGGGUGGAGUGACAUGCACCAGCGUUGCGCCAAGUGAUUGUGGUGGCGAGUUGAUUGCGACUGGCGCCUGGCAGCAUCUUACAUACAAGGGAUCGAGGAAGUGUUACUGGAGAGUUAAAGUAGGCUUUUUUUUUAAUUUCUUAAGCCUUCCGUUAAAUAACGAGCAGUUCCAGGUAAGAGGAAGAUAAUA